AACGACAGAACUUCUCUUAAUACUUUUCUUAUUCACUUCUUGCACUACAUACCACAAUCCAUGGCAACAGCCACCACCCAGCCCUCUAAAUCAUAGUAGAUGGUCAAAACUCAUGACCACAAAAUGUUCUCAGCAUCUAAUGACAUUGUCAUGAUGAAGCAAAUUCAAGCAACCCAUUGCCCUGAUGGUCGUCAAGUUGAUGUCAAGCCCAUUCUCCAUAUCAUUGAGUACAUUCUUCGUUGGGUCACACCUAGCAUUGAUGGUGUUUUGAAUGUAGAGCACCUUUUCUCUAUUUUACAUAGAUAUAGUGAUGGUGAUUGUGUUUACAUAUUUUUUGCAAAUUUCAUGCAAAAGCUCAGGAGGAGGAGGAGAUGCUCAUGGAACAACAAUGGCACUUUUCCACGUGCUUUCAAGCUACUCAUGGGAUGCACAAGUGUGGCUCUUCUUAAGCAACUUCCAGACAUCUUAGAGCAUUCUAACAUGCUCAAACCCCAAUUUGAUGCCCUCAACAAACUCAUCAAGGCAAUGAUGGAUGUAACCAAGUGCAUUAUCGCCUUCACAAAGCUUCCUUCUCAAUAUAUUUCAAGUGAUGCACCACCAUUGUCAAUUGCCAUGAUGCAUGUCCCUACAACUCCCUAUUGGAUCAUUAAGAGUGUUGUGGCUUGCGCUUCUCUCAUAGCAAGCCUUGUUGACCUAAGACAUGAGUACAUUGCAUCAACCACAAAGGCCUGGGAACUCUCAAGCUUGGCCCAUAAGCUUGGCAACAUCCGUGACCACCUUUAGAAGCAAAUCGCUAUCUGCCAUCAACAUAUUACCAUGUACCAUCCUUCUCAAAUAACCUCAGCUCCUCCUUCAUUACAGCUUUCCUUCUUUGGAUUUUGCUGCCUCAAACAAAUUUUGGAGGAGUUUGCUGUGUUGGGUAGAAAAAAAUAGGUAUUUUGAAAGAAAACACUUGCUGGUAGCCAUUUGGGUUUGGUCGGAGUUUGUGGUGGUCUAUUUCCCUCAAAUCUCUCUCACACAGGCCUUCAAAGAUCAUGAAAGGCUCUAAUACCAUGUUGGCUUUUUUUUUUUUUUUCACAAAAAUAAAGAGAGCAAAUUGGG